CCCUUCCCCAAGGGACCUGCUGUGCAGCCGGCCCCUCUCUGAGCACCAUGGGGACCACAGAGGCCACUUUGCGGAUGGAAAACGUGGAUGUGAAGGAGGAGUGGCAAGACGAGGACUUCCCAAGACCUCUCCCGGAGGAGACGGGGAUGGAGUCACUGGGCAGCCCUACGGAAGAUGAGAACACAUCCUCUCCCCCCAAUACUUUAAACUUUAACGGGGCGCAUCGUAAGCGGAAGACGCUUGUUGCACCUGAAAUCAACAUUUCCCUGGACCAGAGUGAAGGCUCCAUUCUCUCCGAUGACUUCCUGGACACACCAGACGACCUGGACAUUAAUGUGGAUGACAUCGAAACUCCUGACGAGACAGAUUCCCUCGAAUUCCUGGGGAAUGGGAACGAGCUGGAAUGGGAAGACGACACUCCUGUGGCCACAGCGAAGAACAUGCCAGGGGACAGCGCAGACCUCUUUGGGGAUGGUGGCCCGGAGGAUGGGAGUGCUACCAACGGGCGGCUCUGGAGGACUGUGAUCAUUGGGGAGCAGGAGCACCGCAUCGACCUCCAGAUGAUCAAACCCUACAUGCGGGUGGUGACACACGGAGGAUACUAUGGAGAAGGUCUCAAUGCCAUCAUUGUCUUUGCUGCCUGCUAUCUCCCAGACAGUAACCUGGCUGAUUACCACUACAUCAUGGAGAAUCUCUUCCUAUACGUGAUCAGUAGCCUGGAGCUGCUGGUAGCUGAGGACUAUAUGAUCGUGUACCUGAAUGGAGCAACACCCCGCAGGAGGAUGCCAGGCCUGGGCUGGCUGAAGAAAUGCUACCAGAUGAUAGACAGAAGGCUGCGUAAAAACCUCAAAGCAUUGAUAAUCGUGCAUCCCUCGUGGUUCAUCCGGACAGUGCUGGCCAUAUCCAGACCCUUCAUCAGUGUGAAGUUUAUCAAUAAGAUCCAGUAUGUCCACAGCCUGGAGGAACUGGAGCAACUCAUCCCAAUGGAGCACGUGCAGAUCCCAGACUGCGUCUUACAAUAUGAAGAAGAGAGGAUCAAGGCCAGAAAAGAAAGGGCAGAAGAGAAACAAGACAUGGCUGAGAGGGAAAGCAGGCCUGUGCCCCCAGCAGAAGAUCAGGAAACCAGUAUGUCGUGAAUCAAAGCAGAGUGGAAUGAAUGGAGCAGAAGAAUGACGCAGCCUGGCAGCCACCCACGAAAAUGACCUUUUGGUGUAAGACCUUGUCACCAUCUCGUUCCCAGUUCUGUAGCUCAUGGAGCCUGCCUCCCCCGCCUCCGAGAUGCAAAGUCCAUUCAACUUGUUGGAAACAUAUUCCUUUGAAAAAAAAGACAAGAAAAAAAAAAAAGAAACAAAGCCACAAAACCAAGCAAGCCAAGAAGAGCACUUUUCAGGACAGGUUCCAGUAUGGUUCAGUAAUGGUCUGUGGAGAGCUAUUAAUAGUGCAAAUAGAUACCGUGUUUUCUCUUAGUCAAUUAAGAGCAUCCUGUAGUCCAGUAGUUGCGAGCCCCGAAAGAGAUAUAUUUUUUGUUUAAAUUAUAAACCCUUCCUCUAACUUGCUGCUGGCCAGCACUGAGACAUUCUGCUUUGAACCCCCGUUCCCUCCACAGAGACGUGGCAACCAGGGACUGGUGGACAUGGAAUGAGAAGAGUGCAUUUCCCUCCUUGCUACAGCCAGUGCGUGUUUCUUUCUGAAGAUACCAAGUGCCCACCAGUCGAGGAAGCUCUUCCAGCCUUGACCAGUUAAUCCAUUGCCAGUUCCUCUUAACUCACACCGAAUCAUUGCUAGCAGUAAAUGCCAUGGUUUGCUCCUGGUUUGCUCUGUCUCGGUUUGUAAGGCACUCUGGUAACUCUGAGAGUUCCCUAUGGUAUGGCAGCCUCCACAGAGCUUCUCAUGAUCAUCUUCUCCUAUCAGCGCACAUACACCAAACAAGGUCUGGUUUUAAGAAGGAGCCUUAUGGACAGGGAAGUUUUUCACCCCUUGUCCUUGUAUUGAUUGAUCUCACGACACUGGACAAUCAUUCACUAUUAAUACCUCCUAUUGCGGAGACAAGCUGCUAAAUGUUUGACAUUCCCUACUUGCCAUCCCUGGGUAACGAGGGGCCUCAUCUACACACAUACCCACCCAAGGGGAGAAUGCUGCAGGUGUGAGGCAGGACACUGCCUCUGGGUUCAGCUCCUCAGCAGCCAGGAGAUGCAGAUGUGCCACCGAGAGGCUUGAAAUCUGUGCUUCGGACUCAGGAGGAUUCUGUGAGCAAAGGAGGGAAGAAAAUUCAAGAAACUCUUUGGCCAAAAAUCAUUUGGAAGCUCCUGAUUUCACCCGAGUCUGUCAGCGAGUCUCAAAUCAUCAGGUAAAGCCCCUUGUGGCUGAAGAAUCGCCUAUUUCACCACUUAAGGAACAGUUCAAGCCUGGCAAGCCCCAACCCGUGGCUCUUGGGAGUCACCACCACUUCACUCUGCUCUGAGCUCCCCCGGAGGACAAUUCCAGCAAAGCAAGAUUUUCCUCAAGAUAAGGCUGUCUCCUCUGCAUAUAUAAAGCUUCUCUGUUUUCCUUUCAGUGACUAAAACUGCUCCCCAUGAGAUCUCCAUUUCCCUACUGCUACAAAGGAGCACCAAAGCUGCUUUCCAACUUACUUCUCUUUUGAUGUGUUUUUCUCACAUUCUUCAGUCACAGAUGUAUUCACUGAGCAGACCUUUGCAUGACAAACAAACAGAGCACUGCACCCCCCUGAAAAACUGAAGGUGACAAAAACCCCAUAUUCUGUCUCACUGGCAUAUUACUAAUAAGCACCAAGCAAGCACCGAUCUCCAUGGCUUUCUGGAAACUUCAUUCUGAGCCAGUGAAUUCCGUGCUUCAGGGG